AACGAGACUCGAGGAAAUUGGGUCCACAACAUUGUCACGUCUGCGUUAUAUUCUCACUCUGAUGGAAACCACUUUCAGACGGCUUAUUACGGCCAGAAAUAUAAUAUUUAAUAGAUCACUGUCGGGACAAAGAGUUGACGUUGACAUCAGCCCAUAGCAAGAUGUCGCAGUGGGAGAGACUGAUGCAGCUGCCUGCUGCGUUCAGUCAACAGUUACACGACCUGUAUGACAGGGAGGCUCUUCCCAUGGAUGUCCGCCAUUACUUGGCUGCAUGGAUAGAAUCACAGCAGUGGCAACGAGCAGCGAGUGACUAUGAUUUGGCGAUGGUAUUGUUCCAGGCCCUGUUGGAGAAUCUAGACAUCCAGUACAGCCGCUUUGUACAAGAGGAGUCCUUCUUAAUGCAACACAACAUUCGACGCUAUAAACAGAAUUUUCAGAGGUACCAGGAGUACCCAUGUGCCUUGGCAAACACAGUGUAUUGGUUCCUGGACAAAGAGAAAGAGAUCUUGCAGACCGCGGAUCUGGCUGAGCAGGUGCGGGUUUUGCAAGUAGAACAAGGAGGCUUUGAGACCAGCACUCAGCGUGACAUUGACCGGAGAAUGGCCAGCCUUAAAAAUGAAGUGCAGUGUAUAGAACAUACAAUGAUGUGUCUGGAGGAGCAGCAAGAUGAGUUUGAUUUUAAAUACAAGACGUACUUGUUAGAAGACAACCCUGCAAACCCACAACAAGACAGAUUUCAGUUACUUAUCAACAAACUCAACUAUAGCAGGAAGAGAGCGCUGUUUGACCUGAAUAAGCUCCUGGACAGAGCUGAGGACCUUAUAAAUGUCUUGGUGAACAAAGAGAUGUUGCAAUGGCAGAGGAGACAGCAAAAAUCCUGCAUUGGAGCUCCAGACAGAGUUUGUCUCGAUCAGCUUGAAAAAUGGUUUACCUGUGUUGCAGAAUGUCUUUUCCAAGUGCGUGAGUUCCUCAGUAAGCUGGAGGAGCUGGUUGGAAAGAUAAGCUAUGACGACGACCCCGUGAAGGCUCAGAAACCUUUUCUGCAAAGGAGGACCGGAAAACUACUUACAGAUUUGCUCAAGAGUUCAUUCGUGGUUGAGACUCAGCCGUCCAUGCCUCAGGGGAAAGGCCCCCUGGUUCUCCGCACAGGUGUUCAGUUCUCUGUUAAAACCAGACUCCUCAUCAAGUUUCCUGAGCUGAAUAAUUCCAUGAAAGUCAACAUCUCAAUGGACCGGGAGGCCCCUCAGAUAAAAGGAUAUCGGCAUUUCAAUGUCCUUGGCACCACAAGCAAAGCCUUGUCAGAGAGUCAGAGUAGAAGCAUGGUGGCAGACUUCAGGCAUCUCAAUUUGAAGGAGCAGAAGACAGGAGGUGGGGGUAAAGGUGCCAAUGAUAUUUCUCUGAGCGUGACAGAGGAGCUGCACAUCCUCUACUUCAACACUUUAUUUGAGCUGAAAGGGAUGUCUGUUGAAUUACAGGCCACCUCUCUACCAGUGGUUAUUAUCUCCAAUUCCAGUCAACAGCAGAGUGCCUGGGCAUCUGUGCUCUGGUUCAACAUGCUCAGUAAAAAUACUAAAGAUAUGAUGUUCUUUGCCCAAACUCCGGCAGCCACUUGGCCACAGUUUGGAGAGAUGCUGAGUUGGCAGUUUCUAUCUGCCACUCAACUUGGUCUGAAUGAUGCUCAGCUGGAAAUGAUCGCACACAGACUUUUUGGAAAGCAACAGAGCUACAACAUCUGCAGUGUAACUUGGUCCAAAUUUUCAAAGGAAAACAGUCCUGACACCUUUUGGGUGUGGUUUGACAGCAUCGUGGUGAUGGUGAAAACGUAUCUUGAAAACCUGUGGAGGGAUGGCCUCAUCAUGGGCUUUGUGACCAAAUGUAAAGAGAAGCUCCUUCUGAAGAAAAAACAGAAGGGCACCUUCUUGAUUCGUUUUAGUGAAAGUGUGAUUGGAGGGAUCACUUUCUCCUGGGUGGAAAUCGGCGCAACUGGUGAUCCGGAAGUCAAGACAAUCCAGCCGUUCACCAAAACUGACCUCUCCCAGAUUCCCUUCCAUGAAAUCAUCAGGCAUUUCCUUAUCUUAAAAGAGGUCCCACAAAAUCCUUUGCUUUAUUUAUAUCCCGACACUCCCAAAGAUGAGGCUUUUGGAAAGUACUAUGCUGACAUGAGUGGAAACGACUCUCCUUACCUUAAAUACAUCAAAACCAGGCUCGUGUUUGUCUUAAAAGGGGACACACUGGAGGCUGUUACACCCUUGACCACAGACGUGACAGAGGGUGAACUCCUGCAGGCAAUGAAUGGUCCAUGUGGUGAGAUUGCUGGGCAAUCCGUGGAUUCUCCGGAGCCUCAUCUGGUUACCGGUAAUUAUCAUCAUGACCCCAUGCUGUGUGACUCUGUUGGAAUCUCAGCAGAUGACUUGCUGUCUCCCAGCAACUCAAAUCACUUUUUCGACCCUGAAAUCUUUAUCAACGAACCCUUGCUGCCUGCCAGUCUCUAAUAUGUUGCCUCAUCCAGCCAAGAUUGCUUUCUUCACUUUCAGUUUUUCGUUCCUCUCCAACUGUUGUUUGGGACUCGUGGUUUAAAAAUAUCAGACAUCCAAGAAAUAAAUGGCACAUUUGGAAA